UCAGAGGAUGAACUGACUCUGCUCGGUCAAUCUGCAGAACAGCCUCACUCCAGGACUUGUUUUUCUUUUUUUCAUUUUUCUGAUCUUCCAUCAUGAAGUCCUCGGGCGGCCGUCCCUCCAGAAUCCCCCUGAACCCGUUUGUCCAUGAGGUGAAGCUGAGCGCGGCGCAGAAGAUCCAGUUCGGCCUCAUGUCCGUCACCGUGUUCCCCGUGCGCUUGGUCCUCGCCGUCGCCUUCAUGGUGUUGGCCUGGGCGUUCUGUUACGUCGGCGCUUUGGGACGAUCCAAAUCUGUUCUCGGGCCAAAGACCUGGAGGACGAGAUUUUUUGACUUUGGCGUUCGGAAGUCGAUGAGGGCCAUGUGGUUUUUCUGUGGGUUCCAUUGGGUGAAGGUCAAAGGUCAAAGGGCAGAUCCGUCCGACGCUCCCAUCCUCGUUAUGGCGCCGCACUCGGCUUAUUUCGACGCCAUCCCCGUUUCAGAGACUCUGUGCACGUUUGUCACCAAGGAGUCGGGCAAAGAAGUUCCUCUGUGGAGAAGUAUAAUCGAGUACGUUCGGCCGGUGUAUGUGCUGCGUGGAGACCAGGACUCCAGGAAAAGAACCGUGGAGGAAAUAAAACGCAGAGUCACAUCUGGAGAACCCUGGCCCCAGCUGAUGAUUUUCCCAGAGGGCACCUGCACAAACAGAAUCGGACUCAUUUUGUUCAAAGCCGGUUCUUUUAUCCCUGGACUUCCUGUUCAGCCGGUCGUCCUGAGAUACCCAAACCCGCUGGAUACUGUUACCUGGGCAUGGCAAGGUCCUGGAGGGCUGAAAAUCCUGUGGCUCACCCUCUGCCAGUUUCAUAAUUCUUUAGAGAUUGAGUAUUUACCUGUGUACAACCCAUCAGAAGAAGAAAAGAAAAACCCCGCUCUGUUUGCCGAAAACGUCCGAAAACUGAUGGCAAAAGCGCUGGAGCUGCCUCUCAUAGACCUGGCGUUCGACGACUGUGACAUCACGGUGUCCGAGGGGCCGCUCAGGAUCUUUAACUUCAGCUCUCUGCUCGAGUUCAACCAGAUGGUGGUCCGCCUGGGAUUAAAAGGUUCCACUAACCCCGCUGUCCUGGGACGUCAGGCCGAGGAGGCGCGCCGGCUCCGUGGAGAGGGGUUAACCGUGGAGGACUUCGCUCAGCGUCUGGGUUUAUCUGUGAGUGACAAACUACGGCAGGUGCACGGCGUGUUCGAUCAGACAGAAGAUGGACUCAUCGAUUAUAGACGUUAUGUUAUCGCUUUGUCGACUGUGUAUCAGCCCAAAAAAACGAAGGAGACUCUCAAACUGGCAUUUAAGAUGUACCAGGAUGAAGACGAUGGAAGUGUGACGGAGGAAGACCUGGCGGCCAUCUUGGAAAUAAUGCUCGGAGUUGAGAAAGUGGAUCUGAGUGGACUGUUCCUGUCGCUGCAGGAAGAGACGGGGAAGAUCACGUACGAUGAGCUGUGUGACUUUAUCGACAAACAUCCAGACUUCACUCAGAACUACAUUCGCUUCAAAAACCACCCGAGCGCCUUCUGCUUCAGCCGAGAAAGAAGCAGCAGCAGCAAAGACCAGAAGAAGAGAGACUAAAGACGCUUCACGAGGAGAACGCGGCGUCACGUGAACAACAAUGACUCUGAUGUUGUGAGAAAAUGAACUCUGACCCCUCGACCGGAGCAGAGAGCGAACGGAAGACUCAGAAAGACAGAGGGACGUGGACGAGGGUCUGUCUGAAAAGUGACAUGUCAACACUUUAAUGUCCAAACUAAAGCCUGAUUUGGGGUUUUCUGUCUAAAAAGUUACUCUUCAAAUACUCCUCCUCCUCUGAGCUGUACACGUUUUAUUUGUCGUCCAUUUCACAAAUCACAAAGGUCAGAGAAAGGUCAGAGAAAGGUCAGAGAAAGGUCGGAGAAAGGUCAGAGAAAGGUCAGAGAAAGGUCAGAGAAAGGUCAGCCUCGUCACACAGGGUCAGGGCUGGAGGAAGUACUCGAGUCUGUUACUUAUAAUGAGCAAAACAAUACUCAAGUAAAAGUAAAGUAGUAAAAAAUCUAUUUAAGUAAAAGUACAAAUACUGGUGCAAAAAAAUCCUCAAGUAAAAGUAUCACAUAAAAAAUCUAUUUAAGUAAAAGUACAAACACUGGAGCAAAAAAUAAUCAAGGAAAAGUAAAGUAGAUUUUUUCAUCUGAUACUUUUACUUGAGUAUUUUUCCUCCAAUAUCUGUACUUUUACUGUAGAGUAGUAGAUUUUUUCAUGUGAUACUUUAAGUAACAGUACAAAUAUGUGAGCAAUAAAAUACUCAAGUAAAAAUAUCACAUGAAAAAAUCUACUUCGGUAAAAUUACAAAUACUGGAGCAAAAAAUACUUGAGUAAAAGUAAAGUUUUUUAUGUGAUACUUUUACUUCUGUACUAUCUGUACUUUUACUGAAGUAGAUUUUUUCAUGUGAUACUUUAAGUAAAAGUACAGAUACUGGAGCAAAAAAAAAAAAAAACUCAAGUAAAAGUAUCACAUGAAAAAAUCUACUUAAGUAAAAGUAUCUGUUUAAAAAUGGACUCACCUAAAAAUGUGUAUGUAUUUGUAAGUGUAUUUGUAAGUGUAUUUGUAAGUGUAUUUGUAAGUGUAUUUGUAAGUGUAUUUGUAAGUGUAUUUGUAAGUGUAUUUGUAGUACUUUACUCCUUUUACUUAGUUACGUUCCAUCACUCCCCGUGUUCCUGCGUCACAUCGAUGGACGUACAGAAGUGUGUGUUUAUAUCUGAGGUUCCGUUCCUCUUCUGCUCGUGUCGUUCUCAGCCCUGACACUUCCACGUGACGACUUUAAAUCCGUUUGUCUGCGUCACAUCGAGCUGGAGACCUGUGCGUUUACAUCUGAAGACACAGACGCCGUAUUAAAACGAUGUUCUAGUCGCACGUUCUGUCCAGUUUGACCCGUCGCACGUCGGUUCUGUCACACUCUGGACUGUGACCUUUAGAUUCUGUUACAUUCUCACUGUUCAAAACACAAAUCUGGAUGUGUAAAAUGAGAAUUCACGUUGCUUUAAUUAUUUAUGGCUUUUUGAAAUAUUUAUUUUAAAAUAUUUUUCUAAAUUAUGUGUGUAAAUAUUUAAAUAAACAUGUUAUAUUUGAAAAAAACAAAAAAACCACAACACAUAUAUAAUUAAUGUGUCUACCUCGUCCCAGAACAGAGACGUGUUUUUAAAGGCUCUUUGUUUUUAAUCCAAACCGUCUCUGAGGUUUUAUAUUUAGUCUGAUUUUCAGAUGUGGACAGUUAAAUUACAUAAUAUAUAAUGUGUGGUGUUAAAUAACUUCACUGUUUGAAAAGCAAAUGUACGGAGCCCGGUAUAGGACAUUUUUAAACCACAAGAUAAUAUCAUGUUCCCACACGAUAUCAUCGAUUAUCAUGAAAGAACCACAUAUUGUUUUUAUAUUUUAAGUUAAAUAUCUCAUGCACUCGUGGAAAUAUAUGUACAGAAAUGAUUAUGUUCCCUCAAGACAAUAUGUUGUUUUAUUUUGUAAAUAUUCUUCUUUCAUUCGUCUGUGGGGCUCUGUACAAUUGUGACUUCAGAGAUUUAUCAAUAAAACAUCCAGAGUAAAGUC